AUGGACAGCAUUAAUGUAUGCUGCCGAGGGAGGACACCUGGAGGUCUGUAGACUUCUCAUUGAUACAGGAUGUAAGAUCGACACCACAGAUAGAGACGGAGAAACAGCUUUACACCUGGCUGCUCAGUCUGGACAUCUUCAGGUCACAAGAUAUCUUGUAGAACAAGGAGGUAUCAGUCCCUUGGUUAAAACACACAAGGGUGAAACUCCAUAUGAUCUUGCAGCAGCAAAACUGACGAACUCCCCAAGAUACAAGGAAGUAAUGGAAUACUUACAGACAGUCAUGUCAGAGAAAUCCUCAAGUACUGCUGGACCAAGGAUGGAAGAUUUCGACCGACCUGCCAUGUUAAACAAAUUGCUUGGCAGUGGAAGCUAUGAAUCAUUUGACAUGCGCUGCAUGGUAACCGGGCAAUUUGCAGUGGGAAAAUCAAGUCUGGUCAAGCUUUUAGUGGGGGAUAAUGUUCCAGAAAAGAGACGUCCCACUGAUGGCAUUUCGCUCGUAGAAGGUCGCUGUGGCCUUGAUAUUGAGACCAGAAGUUGGAUCAUGAUUGAUCCAGCAACUUACAAUGCCUUGGAUGUUGUAUACAAUAAAGUGUUAAUGACCUCCGUAGAAGAAGAUGAAAGUAAACAAACAAAAACACCAGAAAAACAUGAAUCUGAUGCCAAACCUGUUGAUAGUCAAAAUAAAGAAGAUAAUCGUUCUCAGAAGUCAGAAGUUACCAAGUCAACAGCUUUCCCUGUGAACCUCUCAAGUGAACCCUCUACACAGCCACCAGCAGCCCAAUCUUUGUCACCACAGAUGUCCUCUGGUGAGUCUAAAAAACAGCAAAUGAAGAAGAAAAUGACAACCAAAAUGACCAAAAAGGAAAUAAGAAAGAGAAUGGAGAAAGUCCUCAAAAGUGGGAAAUAUAAAAUGAAAGUGGGCAGACUCAUCUUCUGGGACUUUGGUGGACAGUAUGUCUAUUACACGACACACCAGACAUUUAUGACUUUCAGAGCUUUGUUUCUAGUAGUUUUUGAUGGAAGUAAAAGAUUGAAUGAAGAAGUCCCUGAUGUACUGUGUUUUCCAGGGCAGCACAUGACACCAACCCCAGCAGUCUUCUUACUGCACUGGGUAAACUCAAUCCUAACCUAUUGUAAAGUGGUGUAUGCUGGCAUCCCUAAGAUCUUGUUUGUUGCAACCCAUAAGGACAAGGUACCAGUGGAGGAUGUGGAAACUAGACGUGCACUAUUGUACAGUGAAGUAGAGGACUUGUUUAAGGACCAUGAGGGACGAAAUCAUCUUGUUCUUGACAAACAAAUAUUUGUAAAUGCAACUGAUAAAACUGACCAAGAAAUUGAAGCCCUGAAAAAAGCCAUCACAGAGCUUACUUUCGACCAUCCCUGUUGGGGGGAGAAGAUGCCAAAUGCCUGGGUUCCCCUUGAACUAGAGAUGGCUGAGUUGGUUGCUGCAGGAAAGCAAAUCCUGUCAUUGGAAGAAUGUGAAGAAUUAAAUGCAAUCAGCAAGGUGUCAGUUCUGGAUUUAGAACAACUUCAUGAUUUCCUUCAUUUCCAGCACUCGCUGGGGAAAAUUGUCUUCUUUGAUACCCAGCAGCUCAGAGAUUAUGUCAUAAUCAACCCACUACUCAUGGUGGAGGUUAUGAGGUCCUUUGUGACAGACAAAUUAUUUUGGCCAAAGAAAAGAAGAAUGCAGGAAAUUUUCAGAAGAAUGUCAGAUAGUGGAAUAAUAUGCAGAGGAGACCUGUACAAUAUUUGGGAACAAAAGAACUUUCGGGCAAUUCUACCAUACAAAGAGUUUAUAUUCAACAUCCUCAUUCAUUUAGACAUUCUGGCAGAGCAACGUAGAUAUGAUACAGCUACAGGAAGUAGGUUACCAGUAGAGAACUUCUUUGUUCCCUGUAUGGUCACAGAAAGAAAUGCUACCAGCUUCAUGGAGAACGAGUGUACACCAGUGAGAGCUAUAUGUUUGUCAUUUGUUUUUAAAGGCACUGUUAUACCACCAGCUUUGCCCAAUCGUCUGAUCAGUGCAUGUCUGAGCAUGUGGACUUUGAAGCAGUAUGAAGGGAGAAAACUCCUCUUUUCAGGAUUUAUUGUAGUAUCCUUUGACAAGGCACAUGAUAUUGUAGUAUGUGUUGAAGGCAACAAGAUUAUUCUUUAUAUAGUCCAUAAAACCUCCGCUGGACUUAUAGUACCAGAUAUAGCGACUGCAGUUAAAGAAUGCUUGGUUACAACAAUGGAGAGAAUUUCUGAUUUCUAUCAGUCCACCAUACAUGUAAACCGCAGCCAAAAAUUACCUUUCCAUAUUGAAUAUUCAUGUUCUGAGUUGAAAUGCUUCAUCAGUGAAGAAGAAGCUUUGCAGACCAAUGAAUGGGUUUGUGACGAGCAUAACCAUACACAUAGAGCAGGAAACUCAGCUGUUUGGAACCAAGAAAAGAAGAAAGAACAGUGUGAGCAGAAUUGUCAAGGUUUAAGUGAUGAUGCUUUAAACCAAAGACCAAGUGAUAUUGAACUCUUACGUUUUUCCAUAAAAUGUUCAUCAAAUCAAAUGUAUAAAUUAGUUACAUAUCUCGAAAUGUCUGAGAAAUGGGAUGAUAUUCAACACAAUUAUCAAAACAAUGUAGAGGUAGCAAAGUUUUUGGUUCUAUCUAAAUGGAAAGAGAUGAAAGAAGAGAGCAAUUUCAAAGCCUUGGCAGAGGCUCUGAAAAACAUGGAUAUAUCAACACAUGUCUUGUGUCAAGUAAGAAGAGUCAAAAUAGCAGAGCCUGAUAUUCCUUUGGAAUACUUAGAUUGUGUUCCGACAGAUGAGAUCUUGGAUUCAUUAGCACCACAAAUUGGUCAGAUAUUUUUUCAACUUGGUGCUGAAAUUGGGUUGUCAAUUGCAAACCUAGAAAAUAUACAGAGCAAUAAUUCCCAAGACUUAGCAGCUCAGAAUAAGGAAGUAUUGUUUACAUGGAGAGAAGACAGAACAGUGAAACCUACACUACGGGUACUUGUACAGGCUUUAGUAAACGUUGGUAGGGGUGCACAUUGCUUACAGGAAGUUUUAAAGAAUGUGGAUCUUAAUACCCUUAGAGGAUCAGAAGAAAUUAGAGGUGAAGGUGCAAUUCCAAAGAAACCUAAGAACACAUCAGAACAGAAGCCACAUAGUCAGCAAAAGGGGUCAAAGAAAUGUUCAAUAGCUUGAAAGUAGGCUUCACACAAUAUAUUUAGAGCAACAUUCUAAUUUGGAGGAAAUGUAAACUUAAAGUCUUUAGUAAAACUAGAGGUGGGAUUUAGCCUCAUUGUUUCUAAGAUGUAUGAUGCUAAUACUUUUGAACUUCAUUUGUUCUAUAUAUCCUGCGCAGAGCAGGGGACAUAGUUAAAGUCUUUGCAAGUCUGUCUGUCCUUCCAAAAUAGCAAUAAUACUUAAAGCUUUCAUACUUUAUAUCAUUAUUUUUAGCUCACCUGGCCCAGAGGCCCAAGUGAGCUUUUCUCAUCACUUGGCGUCCGCCGUCGUCCAUUAACUUUUACAAAAAUCUUUUCCUCUGAAACUAAUGGGCCAAAGUUAACCAAACUUCACCACAAUUGUCAUUGGGGUAUCUAGUUUUAAAAAAGUGGCCGACGACCCGGCCCGCCAACCAAGAUGGCCACCAUGUCUAAAAAUAGAACAUAGAGGUAAAAUGUAGAUUUUGGCUUAUAUCUCUGAAACCAAAGCAUUUAGAGCAAAUCUUACAGGGGGUGAAAUUGUUCAUCAGGUCUAAGAAAUUUUCAGACAAAUCAGACAACCCGUUGUUGGGUUGCUGCCCCUGAAUUGGUAAUUUAUGAAAAUUUUGCAGUUUUUGGUUAUUAUCUUCAAUAUUAUUAUAGUUAUAGAUAAACUGUGAACAGCAAUAAUGUACAGCAAAGUAAGAUCUUCCAAUAAGUCAACAUGACCAUAAUGGUCAAUUGACCCCUUAAGGAUUUAUUGCCCUUUAUAGUCAAUUUUUAACAAUUUUUCGUAAGUUUUUGUAAUCUUUUACAAAAAUCUUCUCUGAAACUACUGGGUCAAAUAGAAUCAAACUUGGCCACAAUCAUCAUUGAGAUCUCUAGUUUAAAAAUGUUCAUCAGAUUAAGUUUUAUCUGCCCUGAUAUUUUCAGACGAAUCAGACAACCCAUUGUUGGGUUACUGUUGCAGUUUUUAUACGACCGCAAAAAAAUUUUGAGGUCGUAUAUUGGUAUGAUGUUGGCGUCGUCGUCGUCCGAAUACACAAUGGUUUUCGCACUCUAACUUUAGUUUAAGUGAAUGGAUCUCUAUGAAAUUUAACCAUAAGGUUCAAUACCACAAUAGGAAGGUGGGGAUUGAUUUUGGGGGUUAUGGUACCAACAGUUAAGGAAUUAGGGGCCAAAAAGGGGCCGAAAAUAAGCAUUUUUGUAACUUCCAGACAUAACUUGUGUGUUAGCAUAUGGAUCUCUUUGACAUUGUACCACAAGAUUCCAUAUCACAAAGGGUCAAUGCUGGGAUUGAUUUUGGGGUUAAUUGCCUCAAAAUUUUAGGAAUAAGGGGCCAAAAGGGGGCAAAAAACAAGCAUUUUUCUAGUUUCAUGACAAUAACUUGUGUGUAAGUGUAUGGAUCUUUCUGAAAUUUUACUACAAGGUUCCAUUUCACAAAUAGAAAGCUGGAAUUGAGUGUUGUGGUAAUUGCCCAAAACGUUUAGUAAUAAGGGGCCUAAAAAGGGGUUUAAAAUAAGCAUUUUUUAGUUUCUAGACAAUAACUUGUGUUCAAGUGUAUGGAUCUCUCUAAAAUUGUAUUACAAGGUACCAUACCACAAAGGCAAGGCUGUUAUUGAGCUUGGUUUGGGGGGAAAGGGGGGCGGGGGUCAAAAAAGGGGUAUUUUUUUUUUUCCUUUUUUUUUUGUUUAAAAUUUACAUUUUAAGUUAGUUAUUUUUUAUCACGAAGAGAAAGUAGGAAUUGAGUUUUGUGGUUAAUUGCUCAAACAUUUAUGAAUAAGGGGCCAAAUAUUGGUCGAAAAUAAGGAUUUUUUUAGUGUGCUCUAAUGUUUAAGGAAUAAGGGGAAAAAAGGUUAAAAAACAAGGGUUUCCAUUUUAAUAGACAAAUAAUUGAGUAAAGAACAUUAUUUAAAAGCAGUGUAAGGUUGGUAAUUCAAACUCAUUUAAAUAUCUCAUCUACACUGCUUUUAAAUUAUGUAAAUUGGAAAUUUGCCAAUAACUUUAUUGUUAAUAAAUGCAUUGGAAAUUUGCCAACAAUUUUAGUGUAAUAAACUUCAUUGGAAAUUUGCCAAUAUAAAAUUUUGCUGAUGAAGGUUUUUUGUUUACCUUUAGCCUUGACUAUGAAGUCAUUUUCUAUUUUUAUAGCCGUAUGAUGUAGUUGAAUUAUUUAAUACUUUUAUGAUGUGUUUAAAUGGGGUUUUAUCAUGUUUAUGGUUGCAAAUUUAUUGUUUUAGUAUAAUAAACUCCAUUUAAAAUUUGCCAAUAAAAAAAAUUUUUGUUUAUUUUUAGCUAUGAUUUUGAUGUCAUUUUCUAUUUUACUUUUAUGGUUGCAAAGAAAUUUUUAUUUUUAGAUAUUACUGUUAAAUGAUGCUGAUUAAGGUUUUUGCUAUGUUUAGCCAUGACUAUGAUGUCAUUUUCUAUUUUAAUAUCUGUUAUGAUGUAUUUAAAUGGGCUUUUAUGGUUACAAAGGAAUUUUAUUUUUAGAUAUUACUAUAAAAUGUUGCUGAUGCUGAUUAAGGAUUUUGUUUAUUUUUAGCCAUGACUAUGAUGUCAUUUUCUAUUUUAAUACCUUUAUGAUGUAAUUUCCAUUUUUAGAUAUUACUGUUAAAUGAUGCUGAUUAAGGGUUUUUUGCUAUGUUUAGCCAUGACUAUGAUGUCAUUUUCUAUUUUAAUAUCUUUAUGAUGUAUUUAAAUGGGCUUUUAUGGUUACAAAGGAAUUUUAUUUUUAGAUAUUACUUUAAAUGUUGCUGAUUAAGGAUUUUUGUUUAUUUUUAGCCAUGACUAUGAUGUCACUUUCUAUUUUAAUACCUUUAUGAUGUAUUUAAAUGGGCUCCCAUGUAUUUAGAUUUUUGAUUAUUUAUACAUGUUACCAAAUUGGUCCACAUUGAACAAAAACGGUCCAAAUUUCAACUUUAUUACAUUACAUCAAACAUUGAAUUCUACAUAUUCUUUGAUAUAUUGAAAUUAACAAACAAUUUAGUUUAUGGAGAUUCCACCAUAAUAGGUAAAUUAAAUUUUUUCCAGUUCUUACACCACAUUCAUCCUGUGUCAGAAACCUAUGCUGUGUCAAAUAUUUAAUGACAAUCCAAAGUCAUAGCUGUAUCAAGCUUGAAUUUUGUGUCCAUACUUGCCCCAACUGUUCAGGGUUCGACCUCUGCGGUCGUAUCAAGCUGCGCCCCAGCGAAGCAUUUUAUUGGAAAUUAUCUUGAAUAUUAUUAUAGAUAGAGAUAAACUGUAAACAACAAUAAUGUUCAGCAAAGUGAAAUCUACAAAUAAGUUAAAGUGACCAAAAUUGUCAAUGGACCCCUUAAGGAGUUAUUGCCCUUUAUAGUCAAUUUUUAACAAUUUUUCGUAAAUUUUUGUAAUCUUUUACAAAAAUCUUCUCCUCUGAAACUACUGGGCCAAAAAAAAUCAAACUUUGCCACAAUCAUCAUUAGGGUAUUUAGUUUUAAAAAUGUGUCAGAUAGCCCCGCCUGCCAACAAAGAUGGCCGACAUGGCAAAAAAUAGAACAUAUGGGGUAAAAUGCAAGUUUUGUCUAUUCUUCUGAUAACCGUUUUAAAUAGAGAAAAUCUGAAAAGGGUAAAAUUGUUCAGAAUGUUCAGCUCCACCAAUUAUCCAAAUUUUACCACUUUUUUUGAUUUUUGCCUAUUAUCUUAUAAACUAUCAUAAAUAGAGAGAAAUUUUAAACUGCAAAAAUGAUCAGAAGGACAAUUUCUACAAAUAAGUCUUAUGGUUGAAAUCAUCAGUUGACUCCUUAUUAGAGUUAUUGGCCUUUGAUGCCGAUUUGUACAAUUUUUUUGGCGUUUUUGUCUUAUAUCUUAAAACUUAUAAUAGAUACAAAGAAACUUAAACAUAAAAAAAUGAUCAGCAAGACAAGAUCUACAAUUAAGACAAAUGGCAGAAAUUGUCCGAAGACUCCUUAUUGGAGUUAUUGCCCUUUUAUUACGAUUUUUACCUUUUUUUUUUGCGUUUUGCCUUCUAUGAUAAAAAUUAUAAUAGAUAAAUAGAAACUUAAAUAAUCAAAAAUGAUAAGCAAGACAAGACCUACUAACAAGUCAAAUUUUGCUGAUAUAAUCAGUAGACUGUUACUCUUUAUAGGAUUUUUUUUACCCUCUUUUGUGUUUGGAGCAAAAGCUAAAUAAGAUAUGAUGAUAGAGAGAAACUAAACAGACUUCAAUGAUCAGCAAUAUAAGAUACAAAAAGAACAGAGAUUUUUGUCAUUCUAUUCUCGUCUACAAGGUUUGAAAGUGUCCUUUGUUGAAUGUGCAUAUAUAUAUAAACCAAGGUGAGUGACACAGGCUCUUGAGAGCCUCUAGUUUUGUAUUAUUUUGACAAUACUAUAAUGUUAUUUUUAUUUUUCAAUUUGAAUGACAGCUAUGAUACUUUGACAAUUAUUGUGGAGCCUCCAACAUUUAUGUCACGGAAGUGAGACAUAGCAAUACAUUGCAUUCAGCGUAGUCAUCUGUGGGACAGUUUUGUUUUAGACUUCAAAAGCCUUCAUUGAAUUUAAGAAAUUUGGACAGAAGCUUUUAUAGGUUGCAUUUCUGUAAAUAUCAACAAUGCAAUUUCCCAUAGGAACUCCUUUCACGGCUAAAACUGUACCACUUUUACUAUGAUGUUUUGAAAAAAAUUAUAUCCUAGAAUGGAAAGUUCAUAUGCACUACUAUUUUUUUCAAAGGUCAAAAUAUAGGGCUGUGCGGCAUAUUUUCAACGCUUAUAUGCCCCGAACUUCUGUGAGUUAAAACUUGUAUUAAAAUUUUAUGGUGCCCCUACCUUGGUUUAAGGAUUUCCACAGAUUUUAACUUGAUCACUAUGAAUAUAUAUAUAUUUACUGGUAACAUUCCCAAGUUAUGUCUCUACGAGAUGAAACAUAGAGAUCAUAUCCGGGAACCAGUACAUUAACAAAAUUAAUUAUCUAUGAAUAUUAUAUAUCUCCCCAAAAGAGGCGUGGUUUGAGAAACAGCUGUAUUUACAAAGUGCAACCUAUAUGACCAAAGAUAGUAUGCAGAGCAAAAUAGUGAAAAUAGUUUUUGUCUCGCCUAUAAUGAAAGAUAGGGAUUACUUAUAAUCUGGCAGCGAUGGUGUGAACUAUGUGUAUAAAGAUACUAUAAGCAAUAAAUCAACUAUCUUUGGUAUUCAAAGUUUUCGAUCGUUGUACCUGUCUGAAAUUUCACCAACAUUACGGAAAUACUUUUGAAUACAGGAAUGAUUGAAAAUAAAGAUAACAAAAACUUGAAAUUUAAAUCGAGAUUUUGUUUUACUUUAUGUUCAGUCAGAAGUUAUGUUGCUUAACUUUGAUUUGUAUAUAUGUAACACUCAGAAACGUGUCUAUCCCCCACAACGUGUCUAAUUCCCCAAACAUGUCCAUAUGAUGCAAAUGAACUAUUAUAACAUGUACAGUUGCUAAAAGGCUCAAAAACAUGUUCUUUUUAUGAACGCCCAACUAUGUCCAUUUAGAAAAAAGGCCCAAAUGUGCUUAAAACGUUAAAAACCCAAGUCGGGUCCACCGCUAUUGAAUAGUGAUUUGUAAUUACAUAUGUUGUGUAAUAUCUAAUCCAAUCAAAUUUAUUAUAGGAACCUUCCUUUUACUGUGUUGAAAAAAUGAGACAGUUACUCUUCUUUUACCCAGAAAUCAUUUCUGCCAGGAGCUGGUCGUGUGAUACCCUCAUUUAUUAUUAAUGUAGUUAGGCAAGAACUUAACUGUUCAAAACUAAUGAAUUGCAAUGUUUGAUUUUGCUAUAAAUAUUCAUGAAAUAUUUACCACUGGAAAUUGAGAAAUCAAAAGACAAGAGAAUUAAUGACUCAUUUUUUAUGUGUUGCAAAUUAAUCAUUUAAUUAUGCUAAAUAUCAAUAAGAAAUGUGGAACAAACUAAUGCUUAUAAAUGACCACUUGGUCACUAUUCAAGCACUAAAACUUGCAAGAUCAAUUGUUUUUGGUUUUAUAAAUGUGAAGCACCUUUAUUUAAUAUUUAAAACAAUAAUAAUUAUACUGAUAAAAAAAAAUGAAACCAUUGCAAGUAAAAAUAUUUUUUUUAUAUAUAGUUAGGUCCGAAGACUUAGAAAGUUCACGCAAAUAAUCAGUUUUCCAGACUUAUUUUUUCGUCAUGCUUAAAGAUAUUGAUUUAAUUUUAUGCCUCCGCCAUCGCUGAGGGGGCAUUAAGUUUUACCCUUCUCCGUCUUUACAUACGUACAUACGUCCCAAAAUUGGUUUCCGUUCUCUAAUUUUAGUUUGCCUCAACCAAAUGUUAUGAAACAUAUACACAAUGCUUAUUACCACAAAACACAGAUCAACUUUGAAUUUUGGUGGCAUCAAUUUUACCGUUCUUGAGUUAUGUUCCUUUACAAAUGAAAAAAAUGCUGAAUUUUUUGUUUCCAUUCUCUAACUUUAGUUUGUCUCCACCAAAUGUUAUGAAACAUAUACACAAUGCUUAUUACCACAAAAUUCAGAUCAUGUUUGAAAUUUGAAAGCGUCACUUGUACCGUUCUAGAGUUGUGCCCCUUUACAAAUGGAAAAAUUGCUGAAUUUUUCGUUUCCGUUCUCUCACUUUAGUUUGCAUCAACCAAAUGUUAUGAAACAUAUAGUUUACACAAUGUUUAUAACCACAAAAUACAGAUCAAGUUUAAAUUUUGAUGGCGUCACUUUUACCGUUCAAGAUUUAUGCCCCUUUACAAAUGGAAAAAUUGCUGAAUUUUUUGUUUCCGUUCUCCUUCUUUAGUUUGCCUCAACCAAAUUUUAUGAAACUUAUACACAAUGCUUAUUUCCACAAAACUCAGAUCAAGUACAAAUUUGGGUAGCGUCACUUUUACCCUUCUUUAGGUUGGUCCAUUUGUAUUGUUAUAUGCAAGCGGGGCAUCAUCUGUGUCCUAUAUACACAUUCCCCAUUUAUUUUUAUAUAGUUUACACCAUGACCAGUUAAAGAUCAAGUUAGCAUUUUGUUCCAGAACAAUGAAUUAUUAACUAGUAGGGAACUAUGUAUUGCCAUUAAAUACUCUAAGAAUGUUGCUCUGAUCUUGUCUGUUCAUUUGAAAGCAAAAGUAAGUGAUUACAUCUUUCACUUUGCAUAGUGUUUCACGUCUUGGACAUUUGACUACACUGAUUGCUACACCUUUCCUCCAGAUGUCAUUGGAUGGGGGCUUGGAUCUUUAUUUAGAAACCAACCGAAACCGAAAGUCUUCAAUCGUGUCCCCCAUCAUUCAAUUGCCGUAAACCUUUUCAAAUUCACUGAGGACAUAUUAGCGCGAAGAGUUUUGCAAUGUAUUGGCAGUUUAAAGUAAACACAUUUGAGCGAAGUGAAUAAUUUGACACGUUUGGGCGAUUUGUGAUUUUAAGGACACGUCUGAGAGAGAGACAUAUAUUACAAGAUAAGGGCCAAUAUAUAUAAUUAUGUUAAUUGUUUUUAACCUGAAAUAAAACUUUUACACUUAAACCUAUAUUUUUUUAAAUCCCAGAAGAUUACUGUCCCGUGUCACAUCAUCAUGGUAUUUUGAACCCCAUGGAAAAUCGACUCCUUUGCUUAUUCAUUCCAUAUAUUUAUUGGAAUAUCAUACAAUGUUAUUAGUAGACAGCAUUGCUAUUUUAAAUUUAAACCCUUACACCACAUGGGGUCAAUUUUACAUAAUAAAGGUCUGGAUGUUAUGUCUAAGAAAAAAUGUUAUAGAACCUUCUCAAACAUAUGUUUUUCUUUCCAGAUACCUAGUAAAGCAUUAUAAUUAGAUCAAGUAGCUUAUAUUCUGUAAUAAGUUGAAAUUAUAAAGAGGGGUUUAUUUAAAUAUUAAAGAGAGUUCAAAAUACCAUAGUUAAAAAAUUGAUCUAAAAUCUUUAAGCUCUUAUUUUUAGUUCACCUGACCUCACUUGGUGUUCGUUGUUAGUUAACUCUUUAUAAAGUUAUUCUCCUUUAAUGAUGAAUUUUACUAAAAAGUGGCCAAUAUCGAAGAUGCAGGUGAGUAACACAGGCUCUUUAGAGACUGUUUUUUUUCAAGAUACUGUUCAUCACAUUAUUACUACUAGUAGUGAAUGUUAUGGUACUGCUAUCAUUCAUUGAAAUUGUGACCUAUUGGGGGAGGGGGUUCAAAAUGUCAUGGCUAAGAAAACGUCUUUUUGCAGCAUUAUAACUAGUUCAAGUAAUAUAUAUGCUAUUGUAUAUUAAAAUCUAGACCCAUUAUGUGGUUCCAACAUGUCAAAUCCGACUUUUAGGAGGGUUGGUGGAUGACCUUGUGUCCUAAUGUCACAUUUUAAAAGUACUAGGGACCUUCACAAAUAUUCAACACUGAGAAUGAGAUGAAUUUAAAACUAUAUAAUUUGCUUAUAAGUGACCUGAUGACCUGCUGCUAUUUUUGGAUGUGACAGUGUGACCUUAAGGGAUACCUUACUGGAGACCUUAUUUGUGGAGGAGUAUCAAUUUUCCAUAGUAGAGAGGACAAACUAUACUGACUAAGAAAAAGAGUGAUGAAUUGUUAUCUAAAUUAUGUUUUUUAUCUAAGUUACUAAUAACGACAUUAUAAGCAGUUAAUGUAGUGUAUUAAAUGCUAUUAAAAUAGAAAUUCUGACUUAAAAGGGGAGGAGGGUUCUCUUUUGCAUGGUAGGGGUGAAAAUACCAUGGCUAAGAAAAAGUAUUAUAAAAUCUUUUGGAACAUGAAUUUUUCAUUAAAUAUAACUAUCAUCAUAUAUAGUAAAACUACUGUAUAAAGUAAUAUUGCUUCAGUUAGUAUUUGAUAUGUAUAAGACAUGUUGGAAAAGAUGUUUUAAAAUUUUUAUUUAUUAGCCAUGGUAUUUUGACAAUCCUGCCAUGGAAAAUUCUACCCUCCUGUAGAUUUCUAGAACUGCAGAUUGAAUAUUUAUUUUCAUCUUUUGCUACGCAUGCUCAUUUUAUUAUUUUCCCCGCUGUAUUGAAGCACAGAUAUUCCUUUUCACUUUUGUACACAUUCGUAUCCUGCAUGUUUGUGAUGUAGCAGUACAUUUCCAUCCUGUCUUGUGCAAAGUUAAUUAUUUUCAGUUCUUACAAGGUCAGUUUAUUUGUUUUCAAAAUCCUCAUGCCAGAGAAGGACAAAUUUCAAUAUAAAUGUUGUCGUUAUAUGGAGAAAAUUUCAUGUAUUGAUUAUCAGCAGUGAAAUAUUGUCUCGUUAAAGGGAGGUUACCCAAAGUUACAUGUGUAUAAUGAGUCAAUAUUUCAUUGAUGAAAGGAGGUUAUAAACAUUAAUAGUUUGAACAAAGUUGUCAUUAGAAUGUUUGAUUUCAUUGAUAAUAAAAAAACAUAAUUAUAUAUUUAAAGAGAUUGUCAGUAUUUUACUUUAUUGUACAGUAUAUUGUAAUUAACAUGUUUGACUCUGAUUAUUCAUAAAUGCUAAUUUGAAAUAAGCUAAUGAUGAAAUAAUAAAAUGUUCGUCCGAUAUAUAAAACACUUGUCUUUCUUCUUUUUUUUAUAGAUAUAAAUAUGAAAAUGUGCUUCAUGCUUGUCUACUGCAGAUGAGAAUUAUUUGGUAAUAAAUAUAAUUUUCAAGAACAAUAUUUUAAAGAUUCUAGAAACAUUCAUAGCGAAGGAGUCCUUAGUAAGGCAUACUGUGAUUAGUAAUAUUUUCAGUGAAAUUAUGUCAGGGACAGUAUUUCACAGUGAAAUAUUUUUCCAAAGAAGUUGACAAAAUAUCAAGCAGACAGGGACACUAUUGCAUAAUGAAAUAAUUUUCUGGACAGUACUGUAUUUCAUUAUAAAUCAUUGUCUGCGGACAAUAUUUUCUAUAAAAUUUUAACUGGUGUACAAUAUUUCAUGAAGGACAUUAUUGUCUCGCCUUGACGAGUCAAAAAUCGAGACUUAGGUAUGUUGUUUUCGAUGGUGUCGGUGCCAUCAACAAUUUAUGAAAGUUUGUGAUAAGGUCAUUUUGAUAGGUGCCAUUCAUUUAUGAUCAAUUGAUGAUAUUUGGUAUGCAGCUGUAUAAACAUUGGAUCAUCUCAUUCCCAUAGAAAUUGUUUUGCCCUGCCUUUUAGUCAUGGUCUAUUGACUCUGAAACUUUUGUAAAGUUUACAUGUUAAAGUUUGUGAUUAGGUCCAUUUAAGGGAAUCACUUAUGAUAUUUGGUAUGCAGUUGUAUUGGCAUUGGCACAUCUCAUUUCCAUGGAGAUUAAUUGGCCCGCCUCCUCAGUCGUGGUUUAAUGACUUUGAAACAAUUUCAUUGUAAAAAUGUUAAAGUUUGUGAUUAUUUCAAUUAAAGGGGAACGACUUAUGAUAUUUUGUAUGCAGUUCUAUUAGCAUUGACAUAUCGUUUUUCCACGGAAACGUGUGCUAUGUACAUUCAGUCAUGUUUCAUUAACUUUGAAUAUUUUCCAUAAUUUACAUGUUAUUUUGAUUUCAACCUUUGCAUUUUUACUAUCAAACUAACAUACAGGCGAGACAAAUCCCUGUUGCAACAGUUAAUUAACAGCCCCGUUUUUGUUUUAGAUAUCUACACAAUUAAUGAAGUUGUCUACUUCUGAAUAUUGAAGUGGAAAUGGAUAUUUUAGUAUAUUUAUGUCUAUCCCCCUCCUCAGAAUAUUAUAGUGUUUUUAUGUUUGUCCCCCUCCUCAGAAUAUUUUAGUAUAUUUAUGUUUUUCCCCCUCCUCACUCGGAAUAUUUUAGUAUAUUUAUCACGGUUUGUCCCCCUCCUCGUACCCCUUUAUAUAUUUAUUAAAAGGUCCAAAAUGUGCAUUUUCUAUGUUCGUGAUGUUUUCAGUAUGUGCACACUUUCAGUAACCAGAAAGAUGAAUUACUCAAAGACGAAUUACCCACAGAUGAAAUAACAUUACCAACACAAAUACGAAAUGUAGUAAUUUGUGCUCGGGACGAGCACUUCGGGGAAGUAGUGGAGAAUAUAACAGGAAGAAAAGUGACGUUAGGAACUUUUACUAUAAUUCGCAAAGUGCUUUAUAUGAACUCUCGUUUUAGAUUGAAUAUUUCUCGUUUUAGUUUUAAAUUGAAUAUUUCUUGUUUUAAAUGUUUUUUUAUUUUUAAAUAUAAUGUUUCUUUAUUUCAAAUACCCAAAUGGAUUAUAGAUUUCAGUAAUUUACAACUUAAUCCGAUGGCAGUUAAAAGUGCGAAAGAUAAUACAUGUAUCUUACAGUCAACUACAAAAGCAGCAACCAUCGCUAUUUUACUAAGUUUAGCCGUAGGACAAUAAUCCGAUUAUUAUUACAUAAGAUUUGACAAUAAUAGUUAUAUUUUAUGAGAACCUAUUAUGAUGUUUUAAGAUCCUUAACUUUGAAUUAAAUGUAUGUUUUGUAAACUGUUGCUGGGGCAGUCUUCCCCUAGCUCUAAAGCUGUACACUUGUGAAUAGAUUUGUAUAUAUUGUAUACGGUCUUGCGUUUAAAGCAGCCGCAGUGUCAAAUAUAGACCAACAGACUUUAAUGUAACCCAUACCGAAAUUCACGGGGUUAUACAUUCUUCAAAAAUUAUAAUAAAUGCACGCAAUAAUUUCUGAAUUAACAUAACUUGCUAGGACAAUUUCAGAUGAUUGUUAUCAUUGUUGAACAAAUUCAUAAAUCUGUGGUUUUGGGUAAAGAUUGCAUGAAAUGCAAACAAAACCCUAUGGUACUGUCUUCCAAGGUUUAUUCCUUCUUUUGAGAUACACAAAAUAUAGUGCAUUGAUCAUAACAUUCUAAACAUCCUAUCCAUGAACAUUUCCAUAAAUUUAUCAAUGAAAUAUAUGUUAAAAUAUUAAAGUUACAAAAUGGUGUUAUACUUGUCAAGAAAAUUACAUAACUUGUGCAAGGUGCAGUAAUCUAAUAUCUGAUCUAAAAUAUCAAUGAUGUCAUUGUUAAAGUAAUCUGUAAAAUUGGAGUUAUCUUCCUUUGUCAAUAUUUUUUUUUACAAUGCAAUGUUUAAUUUAACUUCCAACUGAAAAAUUUAAAAAAAAAUUACCCUGUAGUGCUUACAAGCACUUUAAUAUUAUGCUGAUUAUGAGGGAAAAAAAACAAUGCUUGCUGCAACAAUUUCAGAUGACAUUUUUCAUUAUUAACCAUUUUUUUUGUCUUUUUCAAUGCUUUGACAUAAGGCCUGUUCCAGAAAAUAAUAUGCCCCCCUCCAGUGACUGCACUUUUUUUGAACCCCCACCACCCACAGAAAUAAAAAUAAAUUAGAACAACACUCCCUUUGCAUUUUGGUAUUUCAAAUACAACCACCCACAUAAUAUUAGAAAAAAAUUGCCUUCCCUGGGGGGGUGGGCAUAGUAUUUUCUGGAACAGCCCUAAGCACAUGUCAAAAAAUGUUGGUCAUAGAACAUAUUCAAUAUAUAAAUGUAUAGUUUUGUAUAAAUAUUUUAUUUUUGUAAAUAUUGAUGUAUUUAUUUCUAGUCUAAGUGCUUAAUUUGAUUAUGUGCAAUUUUGAAAACAAAAAUAUGUCUAUCCAAGAUGUUAGUUAAUCAUUUUUGUUUCAGAAGUCAAACUAGGUAAAAUACUAAAAACAUAUGCAUAAUUUGAUACUGUUCCCAGAUACUCAAUCUGGCUAUCUGUUAAACAAAUUUCAUGUAAGAGAUGCAUUCAUGUGACAAGUAUAUCUACUAAAAGUUUAAUAAAUGCACAAGGGCAAUGCCAGUUUUGAAAAGCAGUAUGCAUAUAAGAUAUCUUAAACAAUUGGAUUAAAGAAACUAAAUAGACUUAAUGUCGUUUGAUGAUCUUAUGAUUUAUUUCAGUAAAACAAGGUUUGAAAUUCGCCUUCACAUUAAAUGCACAUUACUUUAUGGUUGUAAUCAAGAUCUCUUUUAAUUCUACAAAUUUAUGUUUCCAUGUGCUGUGGGGAACGGGGACAUUCAUUUUAUUUUAUACCGGGGUAAUUCAUUUUUGAGAUGCUGUCUCUUUAACUUAAACCCCACAUAUUCUUACUGUACAUGAAUAUUUCAAGCUUUAAACAUUAUGGACCCAUUCACAUCUUUAAACCACUCACCCUGUUUUUUUACUUUGGUUAUGAAGUACAACUUUUAAAUCAGAAUUCAAAAGAAUAUAAUUGAUUCAAUACUUUUGUUUUAAAGAGGUAAGACCCAUUUCUUCAUAAUUUAUUUCACACCAAGGCCAUUUUCUAAAAGUCCAAUCUUAUCAAAUUCAAAGUUUAAGAAUAAGAAUUGGAGUUCUUAUUUUUGUGAUACUCAGUCAACCAGUCGCAUUAUUCCCAUUAAUAAAAACCUUGCAAUAAUUUCAGAAUUAAAAUAUUUAAAACGACUAGAAAUUAAAAUUUCUGUGCGCUGGGAAGAGAUUAUUUAAAGAAUUAGAUAAUGCAUUAUGUUUGACAGUUGUGAUUCAUGAUAAAGUGUGCCUUCAUCUUUCUUAUGAAGUUACAUUCAAAAGAAUGAAAAGUUCAAGAUGGGCAUGGUCUUAGGCCAAACAAUUUAGAUUGUUUGAUGUUGCCUACCUACCCACCUAGCAGCCUGGUGUUCCACAGGGUUCGGUACUGGGUCCUCUUUUAUUUCUAAUAUUCAUUAAUGACAUUGCAGAUGAUAUGAUUGGUUUAAGUAGAAUGUUUGCAGAUGAUACAUCUAUUGGACAUACUGCUCCAGAUGAAACUACUCUUCAAUCUAUGAUAAAUAUCGAUCUACAAAAUAUUAAUUCCUGGGCAAAUGAUUGGCUAGUUAAAUUCAAUCCCAAUAAAACUAAUAUCAUGUUGUUUAGUAACAAAAAUUCUAAAAAUAACUUGAUUUUUGAUUUUGGCGGAGUUCAGGUAGAUACAGUUACUAGUCACAAACAUUUAGGUAUAUUUUUUAGCAGUGAUUGUAAGUGGACCAAGCAUAUUGAUUCUUUAACAGAAAAGGUAUCAAAAAAAUUAAAUGUUCUUAGACGUUUGAAAUUCCGACUAAAAAUGGAAUAUUUAGAAAAAAUAUAUUUAACUUUUAUUAGGCCCGUUCUAGAAUAUUCUUCUGAAGAUUGGUAUACUUGCGGACAGUUGAAUUCUGAAAGAUUAGAAACAUUACAACUGGAAGCAGCACGUAUUGUCACUGGUUUAACAAGCUAUGUUAGCACUCAAUCACUUUAUUUAGAGACGGGAUGGGAAAAGUUAAAGAUUAGACGGGAAGUUAAGAAAUUAACUUUAUUUUACAAAAUUAUGAAAGAGGACACUCUUUUAUACUUAUUAUAUUUAAUACCCCCUACAGUUGCAGAAACAAACAAUUACAAUCUACGAAACAGUCAAAAUAUAUACCAAACCUCUAGCAGACUGUCCCUUUAUCAAGAAUCAUUUACUAAGUAUUCCAUCUAGUAUUAAACUGUGGAAUUCGCUCGAUUUAAGUAUUAGAAAUGAACAGUCUUUAAAUAUGUUUAAAUUAAAAAUUAAACAGAAAUAUUAUAAAAACAAAUCACCCCCUACAUAUUUCACUAUUGGCGAUAGAUAUUUAAAUGUUUUGCACGCAAGAUUAAGAAACAAAUGCAGUGCCCUUAACAUGGAUCUGUAUCACGCAAAUAUUAAACCUAACGCAAUGUGUCAAUGUGGUUAUUUAUAUGAAAAUGCUCAACAUUAUUUCCUUUCAUGUAAAAAUUAUACAGCUCAAAGGAAUAUCUUAUUUUUUGAACUUAGAAAAGAAAAUAUACCUACUGACUUGGAAACUUUAAUGUACGGUAAUGAUAUGUUUAAUAUGAACAUAAAUACGCUAAUUUUUACAAAAGUGCAGAAUUAUAUCAAAGAGACCAAUCGCAUUUCAUAGUGUAUAGACAUUAUGGUUAAAUAUAUAACAAUAAUAAUGUAAUUACUUUUUGUUGACUUCGAAUGAAAUUGUUCAUUUUUUCCAAAGACAUGAAUCAUCAAUUUGAUUUUAUAUAUAAAAUCCCAUCAGUUGACAACAAAAUUUAAUUUAAUUGCUUUAAAAUAAUAACUUACCUUUUGAGUGAAUAUUCAUUCCAAAUUUAAAACAACCUACUAGGUCUACCUUAAAUAAAUUUAAGGUCAACUCAACUUUUAAAAAUUGAUGAGCCAUGUCGUUUAAAUUCUUGUUAAUUUCAUGUCUCCAUAUUAAUAUUGUUUAUGAUGUUAUUAUUAUGUAUUUUAUUUUGUUCGGUUAUUUAUUAUUUGUAUGUAAUGGAGAAGACGUUCUAAGUUGCAAAAUUUGUGUCUAAUCCUAUUGUCAAUGUUUUUGGACAAUAAAAUAUGUUUAAACUAGCAGCCUACCUGCAAAAUUAUAUGACACAAAUCGGUUAAAAAAAAUUUCAAAGAUUUUUUUCCUGCUCUUACGUUGUUUUCUUGUCUGUAACUUAUGUUGUUGACUCAAAGAAAACUAAAUCCCUACCUACCUACCCAAGCAUGGGAAGGUAACAUCAAAAAAAAAUUUAAGGGUGGCCUUACGAAUACAUUGUUUCACAUUUUUACCACAAAUAAAUGUAAGUUUGUUCAGUUUUUAUACGCCCGUCAAAAUUUUGACGGGACGUAUUAUGGUAUACAAAUGUCGUCUGUCCGUCUAUCCGUCUGUCCGUCUGUCUGUCCGGCGUAAAAAUGUCGCACCGUAACUUGAGAACGACUUAUCCAAAUUUCAAAAAACUUAACAUAGUUGUUUCUUAUGAUGAUCAAACGAUCUGUAUACUUUUUCGUGAAAAUAACAUUAAAACUUUUUGAGUUACAAGACUUAGUAACUAAAACAGGUGUGUGUUUUUUUUCACAUGUCACGCCGUAUCUCAAAAACAAUUUAUGAUUAUUGCUUAAAACUUUACACACUUCUUAGUUAUACUAAUCUUAAGAUCUGUAUACUUUUUGGUGAUGAUUCAAAAUUUUAUUUUUGAGUUAUUGAGUAUUUUGUAAAAAAAGGGGGAGGGGUUUUUUACAUGUCGCGCCGUAUCUCAAAAACGAUUUAUGAUUAUUGCUUAAAAUUUUACACACUUCUUAGUUAUAUUAAUCUAAAGAUCUGUAUACUUUUUGGUUUUGAUUCAAAAUUUUAUUUUAGAGGUAUUGAUUUUUUUUUAAAAGGGGGUUUUCACAUGUCGCGCCGUAUCUCAAAAACGAUUUAUGAUUAUUGCUUAAAAUUUUACACACUUCUUAGUUAUAUUAAUCUAAAGAUCUGUAUACUUUUUGGUUUUGAUUCAAAAUUUUAUUUUAGAGAUAUUGAGUUUUUUGUAAAAAAAAAAGGGGGGUUUUCACAUGUCGCGCCGUAUGUCAGAAACUAUUUUUGAUUAUUGCAUAAAAAUUCACACACAAGACGACGGGCGUAUCAUGCGCUCAUGGGGCAGCUGUUUAUUCAGAAUACAAUACUGUAAACGCAGAAAUUAUUGCAUGUGUUUAUUAUUGUGAUUUUUGAAGAAAGGACAAAAAUGUGAGAUUAAUCAUUGCGAUUGCAGGAAAAUUUGCUUACAAAUAUAUAUAUCUGAUAUCAGAAUGUAAGUUCUUUUUUUGGAUACUCAUCCAGGUGCAUUAUUUGCAAUAAUUUCUGAAUUUUACAGUAUUAUACAAUUUACAAAUA